AUGACCAGUGUAUGUAGAACAGUCAUCUGGACUGGUAGUGCAGAGACAUCAAAGAGAGCACUAGUAGCUUGGGAAAAAUUAUGUUUGCCUAAGUCAGCAGAAGGGCUGAACAGCAUUGAUAAUAGGGAUUUGGAUGAAAUGCUUAAUCCUAAGCAAGCGAGCUGGCUUGUCAGAGAGAUAUUUGAUGUGAGGAAACGGUUCCCACCAGGACAUAUACAGACUAAAUUGCAGCAUUAUUGUUUUAAGGGGAAAUUUAGCAUUAAGAAAGCAUAUCAGGGGUUUAAGAGAUUAUCAACUGUUGAUAGGCUUGAAAAAUGGGGUAUUAGUGUAAACAAAGAUUGUGUACUAUGCGGUUCAAGGAAACUAGAAACAAUGGAGCAUCUAUGGUUUGAGUGUAGCUAUGCAAAACAUAUGUGGAGUGUUCUGUUGAACUGGCUAGAAGCAGCACAUCCAAUUAAAGCUUGGGAUACUAAGGUGCAAUGGCUAGAGAAGCAAGUCAAUCAUAACAGAGCCAUAGCAGAUAUACUAAAAUUCCUCUUCUCAGCAACUGUUUAUCAUGUAUGGAAUGAAAGGAACAACAGAAGAUUUAAGGUAUUCAACAAGGAGAGCACAAGAAGACUGAAGGAAAUUUCUAUCCAGCUGCAUAUAUUCAACAAGGAGAGCACAAGAAGACUGAAGGAAAUUGCUAUCCAGCUGCAUACUAGAGGCAAUCACCAGCAGAAAUGUAAGCAUAUUCUAGAGAAAUUGAAUUGUUAUCCUACCUAG